AUGCAAAACACCGCAGAACGUUUCUCCGUGAGUAAAGGAGAAACUGCUUUAUAUGUCGGUGAACUUGCACCCAAUGUCAAUGACGAUAUUUUGAAACAACACUUUACCAAGGCUAAAAGUGUUCAUGUCUGUCGCGAUCAUGUCAGUGGAAAGAGUUUGGGUUAUGCCUACGUUAAUUUCAUUCGCCCUGAAGAUUGCCUUGAGGCACUUGAAAAGAUGAACUACUCUUCAAUCAACGGAAGACCUUGUCGUUUAAUGCUGUCAGAACGUGAUCCCUCCAGAAGAAUGAAUGGUAAUGGUAAUAUUUUUGUAAAGAACCUUCCUGCCACAGUCGAUGAUAAAUCGUUCCAUGAUACGUUCUCUCAGUGGGGUAAUGUGCUCUCUUGUAAAGUCAUCAAGAACCCCGGUGCUACAAAGUGUUACGGUUAUGUCAACUAUGAUUCCAUUGGAGCUGCUGAAAGAGCUAUUGAGCUUGUCAACGGUAGAGUUCUUUUCGGUAAAGAAAUCCAAGUAGGACACCAAAUUCCCAAGGCAGAGAGACAAGUAGAGGAUCAAGCCAAACAACGUUUCACCAACUUGUAUGUUAAGAAUAUUGCUUUGGAUGUCACUGAAGAUGAACUCAGAGAUCUUUUUGGUGCUUUUGGACGUGUUUCUUCUUUAUUAAUUCAGCGUGAUGAAUACAACAACUCCAAGGGCUUUGGUUUUGUCAACUUUGAAUCAGCAGAGGAUGCAGAGAGAGCUGUUAACCAGUUGCAUGAUUCUGAAUAUUAUGGCAAGAAAUUAUUUGUGUCCAGAGCACAAAAGAAAUCCGAGCGUGAAGAUGAAUUGCGUCGUCAACAUGAUCGUGUAGAGAAGCCUGCCAAGUAUGGAGGUGUCAAUUUGUAUGUAAAGAAUUUAGCGGACGAUGUCACAGAUGAUGUCUUGAGACAAGAGUUUGCAAAGUAUGGUCAAAUUACAAGUGCAAAGGUCAUGAAGGAUGAUGCUACCAAUGUCUCAAAGGGAUUUGGAUUUGUCUGCUUUGCUUCACCUGAGGAUGCUACUGAGGCAGUGCUUAAGAUGAAUGGUCAUACCAUUUCUUCCAAGGAAAUUUAUGUUGCUUUAGCUCAACGUAAAGAAGAUCGUCGUACCUAUUUAGAAACACAACAGCAAAGAAGUCCUAGCCCUCAACCUGUGAGUCAGCCCAUUAGUCCUGUCGCUACCACUCGCCAACAACUUCAACCCACAGAAAAAGUCAGUGCAAUUCCAUCCCAAUUAACUGUUGAAGCUUUAGAAGCCUUCUCUCCAGAAACUCAACGUCAAAUGUUGGGUGAACGUGUUUAUUCUCUUGUGUAA